AUGCAACUGACUCGCUGCUGCUUCGUGUUCCUAGUGCAGGGCAGCCUCUAUCUGGUCAUCUGCGGCCAGGAUGACGGUCCACCAGGCUCAGAGGACCCUGAGCAUGAUGACUCUGAGAGCCAGGCCCGGCCGCGGAUGCCUCGAAAGCGGGGCCACAUGUCCCCUAAGUCCCGCCACAUGGCCAACUCUACUCUGCUAGGACUGCUGGCUCCACCUGGGGAGGCAUGGGGGGUCCUUGGGCAGCCCCCCAGUCGCCCAAACCACAGCCCCCCGCCAUCAACCAAAGUGAAGAAAAUCUUUGGCUGGGGUGAUUUCUACUCCAACAUCAAGACGGUAGCCCUGAACCUGCUGGUCACGGGGAAGAUCGUGGACCACGGCAACGGGACCUUCAGUGUCCACUUCCGACACAAUGCCACGGGCCAGGGCAAUAUCUCCAUCAGCCUUGUGCCCCCCAGUAAAGCUGUAGAGUUUCAUCAGGAGCAGCAGAUCUUUAUUGAAGCCAAGGCUUCCAAAAUCUUCAACUGCCGGAUGGAGUGGGAGAAGGUGGAACGGGGCCGCCGGAUCUCGCUCUGCACCCAUGACCCCGCCAAGACCUGCUCCCGAGACCACGCUCAGAGCUCGGCCACCUGGAGCUGCUCCCAGCCCUUCAAAGUCGUCUGCGUCUACAUCGCCUUCUACAGCACGGACUACAGGCUAGUCCAGAAGGUGUGUCCGGAUUACAACUACCACAGCGAUACUCCCUACUACCCCUCUGGGUGA